GCAGCCACUUGCAACCGGGCCACGCUCAUUUGAGCCAGACGGUCGCUUUACUUUCUCUCUUUCAUCUUCCUCUAUUCUUCACCGAUCAUAAAGUUCGCAUGGCCUCCCAAGAUAAAGCAUCGCCAGUCAAUGUCAAGUUGCUCUUGAUAGGAAAUUCUUCCGUCGGAAAGAGCAGCCUUCUGCUCAGAUUCUCAGAUGAACAAUGGUUACCAGAAGAUGAAUCGAGUGCUACGAUUGGAGUGGACUUCCGGGUACAUAAGAUGGAGGUGAAGGGCAAGAAGGUGAAAUUGAGCAUAUGGGACACAGCAGGACAGGAACGUUUUCGAACCAUUACAUCGUCAUAUUAUCGUGGUGCGCAGGGUAUCAUCCUUGUUUACGACGUUGCGAACAGGGAGUCGUUCGAGGCGCUACCAAGAUGGUAUUCAGAGUUGGAAACAUAUGUUUCACCGUCAGUUGUGAAAAUCAUUGUGGGCAACAAGGUGGACAAGGAGUUCUCCCGUCAAGUGUCCUAUGCUGAAGGCCAGAACUUCGCCAAACGCAUGAACUCGCUAUUUAUAGAAGCCUCAGCCAAGACAGCUGUCGGUGUGAAGGAAGCAUUCGAGGAAGUCGUCGCAAAGAUAAUUGAUACCCCAGAGUUAUGGGCACCAGUGGGCUCUUCGAAGAAGAGUAAGAAUACUCAGGUAAAUCGGACAGCGGGUGCUGGAGCACAAACAUCUCGCAUGCCCGGGACGAUCAAUCUUGGUGAAGGUCAAGAAGAUGAGGCGUAUGGUGGUGGGUGCAGCUGUUGAGCUGAGAAGCCUUCGAUAUUCUCUUUCACAACUGUCAUGAUUGUGAUGACCCGUUUAUGACCCUUUACAUCUAUCUUAUAUACCCCUUAGUCCAUUCCCCUACUUUGCAGUUCAGUGUACUUUAGAGGCUCUGGCGUUGAUGAUUUCAUAUUAUGUCAUCUUAACCAGGAUGCGGGCACGACUAGACAUGCAUAUAUCGAUACCCCAAUAGAUACAUCAAGUGCACUAUGUCCGUUUGUUA